GAAGUGUCUGGCAGGUAGUAAAUAAUCGCUAGAAGGCGAGCGAGAACCCGUCUCCAUCUUGUCCGCGUCCUCCCCGCGGGGGCUGUCGCGAUGGGGAGCGUGCUGGGGCUGUGCUCCCUGGCGAACUGGAUCCCGUGUCUGUGUGGCAGCGCGCCCUGUCUGCUGUGCCGAUGCUGCCCCAGCGGGAACAACUCCACAGUCACCAGGCUGAUCUACGCACUCUUCUUGCUUGUCGGAGUGUGUGUUGCUUGUGUCAUGUUGAUACCAGGAAUGGAAGAACAGCUGAAUAAGAUUCCUGGAUUUUGUGAGAAUGAGAAAGGCGUUGUUCCCUGCAGUAUUCUGGUUGGCUACAAAGCCGUGUAUCGCUUGUGCUUUGGCCUGGCCAUGUUCUACCUCCUCCUGUCUCUGCUCAUGAUCAAGGUGAAGAGCAGCAGCGACCCUAGAGCUGCCGUGCACAAUGGAUUUUGGUUCUUUAAAUUUGCUGCGGCAAUUGCUAUUAUUAUUGGGGCAUUCUUCAUUCCAGAAGGGACAUUUACAACAGUGUGGUUCUACGUGGGCAUGGCAGGCGCCUUCUGCUUCAUCCUCAUACAGCUGGUCCUGCUGAUUGACUUUGCCCAUUCGUGGAAUGAGUCGUGGGUGGAAAAGAUGGAGGAAGGGAAUUCGAGAUGCUGGUAUGCAGCCUUGCUGUCAGCCACAGCUCUGAAUUACCUGCUGUCUUUAGUUGCCGUCGUCUUGUUCUUUGUAUACUACACUCAUCCCGCCAGUUGCUCAGAAAAUAAGGCCUUCAUCAGCGUCAAUAUGCUGCUCUGCGUGGGCGCCUCUGUGCUGUCCAUCCUGCCCAGGGUCCAGGAGUCACAACCAAGAUCUGGAUUGUUGCAGUCUUCAGUAAUCACGGUCUACACAAUGUAUCUGACUUGGUCUGCGAUGACCAAUGAGCCAGAAACGAAUUGUAACCCAAGUCUUCUGAGCAUCAUUGGCUUCAACACCACGAGCACCAGCCCGGAGGGGCAGUCUGUCCAGUGGUGGCACGCUCAAGGGGUCAUAGGCCUCAUCCUCUUCCUGUUGUGCGUCUUUUAUUCAAGCAUCCGCACCUCGAACAACAGUCAGGUUAAUAAGCUGACGCUUACAAGUGAUGAGUCGACUCUGAUAGAAGACGCUGGAGCCCGGAGUGACGGGUCCCUGGAGGACGGCGACAGUGCUCACCGUGCUGUGGAUAACGAGCGGGACGGCGUCACGUACAGCUACUCCUUCUUCCACUUCAUGCUCUUCCUGGCCUCGCUGUACAUCAUGAUGACCCUGACCAACUGGUACAGGUACGAGCCUUCACGUGAAAUGAAGAGCCAGUGGACAGCCGUGUGGGUGAAGAUCUCCUCCAGUUGGAUUGGCAUCGUGCUGUACGUUUGGACACUGGUGGCGCCGCUCGUUCUUACAAAUCGUGACUUUGACUGACAAGGUUUCUGGCAUGAAGCUUCUACUUGGCUCAUGCUCAUUGGAAAUUCGCAGUAUUCCCAACUUUUGUACAGUUGUGUGUGUGUGCUUCCUGUGUAAUUUCUCCAGUGUUGUUCUGGCAUGAAUUAGAUUUUACUGCUUGCCAUUUUAUUCGUUGUUUUCUUGCCAAGUGCAUUAAUCACGCGCAGUGUGAUCACAGGCGGAGGAGCGUGUGAGUGUGGCAGUGAGUGAGGAGAAGUGGACACUGGGAGGCUGAGCCUCCGCUCUCUAUAUGUGGGAUGAGGAGUACGUAUGAAUCAGAAGUAAAUUAACAGUAAAAACAAAAUGCUUGACAGUGUGAUUUUAAAUUUGUUAAAGAGUAUAAACUGUCUUAGCAUAAAAGUAAAUGUAUGGCUGCCUUUUGAAAUACUUGAUGUACUGCCUUAUGGAAGCCUGCAUGGAACAUAACAUGGUUUUGCUAAAAUUAUAAAACAGGUCACUUACAUUGAGUUGUCUGAGGAAUGCAAGUUACUUACAUUUUGUCAGGACUUUCCCUCAAUAUGCAGGUGAGGGGCUUGAACAGGGAGCGCGCUGGCUCAGUGGAGAACAGUGUAGUGGUGAGAAGUUCAGGCACCGUCUUCACGGGCCAGCUUGUUGGCAGUGAGCAUUGGCCUGAGUGUUCUGUGAGAUGGUGAGUGUCCUUGGGUGGAUCCAGCGACUUUCACCAGCCAGAUGAACCUUUGCUUUGUGGCCAUUAUAAAGCCGUGCAGCAGGUGUAGGCGUAAUGGAGACAGUAGGAACUCUGAAGGGUGUAGACAGUGUUUUAAAAUGAUAAUCAUAGAUUAAAAAAGAGAAGUUAGUUUUGAAAGUCAAAAGGUGGUAAAAAUUUGACAAGGCAGGAAGAAACUGUAAAACGCUAGUCUUCAGUAGCUCCUUAAGUAAAAGUGCAGUUCUUUCAUUUAAAAGUGAAGAAACUAAAGCACAGAUUUAAAUGGCUAAUCAGUGCAAAGCUAGGAAAUUCUAAGUCUACCCACACUAGCAUUAAUCUCUGACAUGAAGAAAUAAUUUUAUUCGAAAUAACAAGUGCAUAAUUGAUUUUGCACCUCAGUAGGAGUGGGUACUUCACGGGGCAUGUCUUGCUGCUGUUCAGCCUGUGUUCUGUCUGUACACCGAGAGUGGGAGGAUGCUGGACUGCUGUAGCAUAAACUUCACGGAGCAUUUCACAGGUCACCAGAUGUUCAGUGCUUUUGUAUUUACUGCCAUGUAAUUGAAAUACAUAGGUUAUCAUAGUCUUUCAACCUAGAAAUCAAGCAGUAUGAAAGUUAAUUUAGAUAGAAACUUAUUUGUAUGUGUAAUUAGUGCCUGAUGAAGCCUUUAAAAAUUUACAUUUGCUUCUUUAAAAAUAUUUAUUACUGUAAGUGGAAUAUUACAACUCACUUAAAUUCCCCAACCUUACUCUGUGUAAUGUGUUUCACAAUUUUGAAUGGCUGUGUUUGAUCUCUAAAUAAAUGAAUUCCGACAAAGUA